UGUGUCUGUUGGGCCGUGCCCGUACCAGGUGACCAUAUCAGUGGAUGGUAUUUUGACCACUACUGGUUAUACCCAGGAGGACUAUACCAUGUUGGGAUCAGAUGACUUCUUCUACAUUGGGGGGAGUCCCAAUACUGCAGACCUGCCCGGAUCACCCGUCAGCAACAACUUCAUGGGCUGCCUCAAAGACGUGGUAUACAAGAAUAACGACUUCAAGCUAGAACUCUCCCGGCUGGCCAUCGAGCGGGACCCUAAAAUCAGCCUGAACGGAGAUCUUGUUUUCCGCUGUGAGGACGUGGCCGCCCUGGACCCCGUCACCUUUGAGUCCCCAGAGUCCUUCAUCGCCCUGCCCAAGUGGAACACCAAGAAAACAGGCUCCAUCUCCUUCGACUUCCGCACCACAGAACCCAGCGGCCUGCUCCUGUUUAGCCACGGGCGCACCCAGGGUCCUAAAGAGCAGAAACCAGGUCGUGACAUGAAGUCAGACUACUUCGCCAUGGAGCUGUUGGAUGGGUUUCUCUACCUGCUAAUGGACAUGGGAUCUGGGAGUAUCAAGCUGAAGACCAGUAAUAAGAAGGUGAACGAUGGGGAGUGGUGCCAUGUGGACUUCCAGAGGGAAGGGAGGAAAGGCUCCAUCUCAGUGAACAGCCGCAGUAUCCCCUUCAACUCCAACGAGGGCAGUGAGAUCCUAGACCUGGACAGCGACAUGUUCCUGGGGGGUCUCCCCGAGACCCGCUCUGACCUGGUGCUGCCCCCCGAGGUCUGGACCGCCCUGCUCAAUUACGGCUACGUGGGCUGCGUCCGGGACCUCUUCAUCGACGGCAAGAGCCGCGACGUGCGCCGCCUGGCCGAGAUCCAGAGCUCCCCGGGCGUCAGCAGCUUCUGCACCCGCGAGCUUCAGAAGAGGUGUAGCAGCACCCCCUGUGGGAAUGGAGGCCUGUGUAAAGAGGGAUGGAACCGCUACAUCUGCGACUGCACCGGCACCGGCUACCUGGGCAGCAACUGUGAAAUCGAGGCGACGGUGCUGAGCUACGACAGCAGCAUGUACCUGAAGAUCCUCAUCCCAGGCACCAUGCACACCGAGGCAGAGGACGUGGCGCUGCGGUUCAUGUCCCAAAGGGCCUACGGCCUCCUCAUGGCCACCACCUCCAAAGAGUCCGCCGACACCCUGCGGCUAGAGCUGGACGGUGGCAGGGUCAAGCUGACCGUCAACCUAGAUUGUAUCAGGAUAGACUGUAACCUCAGUAAAGGCCCCGAGACGGUCUUCGCCGGCCAAAAGCUCAACGACAACGAGUGGCACACGGUGAAAGUGGUACGCAGAGGAAAGAACCUCCAACUCUCUGUGGACAAUGUGACGGUAGAAGGCCAAAUGACAGGCGCCCACACCCGUCUGGAGUUCCACAACAUUGAGACGGGCAUCAUGACAGAGCGCCGCUUCAUCUCCGUGGUGCCCUCCAACUUCAUCGGUCACCUCCAGGGCCUGACGGUCAACGGCGUGCCCUACCUGGACCAGUGCAAGAACGGCGACAUCUCCUACUGUGAACUCAACGCUCGCUUCGGCAUGCGCCACAUCAUCGCCGAUCCGGUGACGUUUCGAACGAAAGCGAGCUACCUGGCGUUGGCUACUUUGCAGGCCUACGCCUCCAUGCACCUCUUCUUCCAGUUUAAGACCACCACGUCGGACGGCCUGUUGCUCUUCAACUCGGGGGACGGCAGCGACUUCAUCGUCGUGGAGCUGGUCAAAGGUUACGUCCAUUACGUCUUUGACCUCGGCAACGGACCGUCGCUGAUGAAGGGCAACUCGGACAAGCCUCUCAAUGACAACCAGUGGCACAACGUGGUGGUCUCCCGGGACGCCAACAACGUGCACACGCUCAAGAUCGACUCCCGCACCGUCACCCAGCACUCCAAUGGAGCCCGCAACCUGGACCUCAAAGGGGAGCUGUACAUCGGUGGCGUAGGGAAGAGCAUGUACAACAGUCUGCCCAAGCUGAUCGCGUCCCGGGACGGGUACCAGGGAUGCCUGGCCUCAGUGGACCUCAACGGGAAACUACCAGACCUGAUCGCAGACGCCCUCCACAGGAUGGGCCAGGUGGAGCGAGGCUGCGACGGACCUAGCACCACCUGUACGGAGGACUCCUGCUACAAUCAGGGGGUGUGUCUCCAGCAGUGGGAGGGCUUCUCCUGCGACUGCACCAUGACGUCCUAUGGAGGCUCCUUCUGUAGCGACCCUGGGACAACCUACAUCUUCGGGAGAGGAGGAGCCCUCAUCACGUACACCUGGCCCCCUAACGACCGGCCGAGCACGCGGGCAGACCGGCUGGCGGUGGGCUUCAGCACGCAGCUCAAGGAGGCCGUGCUGCUCAGGGUGGAGAGUGCCAAGGGACUGGGAGACUACCUGGAGCUGCACAUAGAACAGGGAAGGAUCGGCGUCAUCUUCAACGUGGGAACAGAUGACAUUGUCAUCGAGGAGAGCGCGGUGAUGGUGAGCGACGGCAAAUACCACGUGGUGCGCUUCACACGCAGCGGUGGCAACGCUACCCUGCAGGUGGACAGCCAGCCUGUCAUCGAACGCUUCCCCUCAGGUCGACAGUUGACCAUCUUCAACAGCCAGGCGUUCAUCAAGAUCGGUGGUGGUGGCGGCGACAAGGCCCGUCACUUCCAAGGCCAGAUCUCGGGCCUCUACUACAACGGGCUGCAGGUGCUCAAGCUGGCGGCCGAGGGCGACCCCAACGUGCAGGCCCAGGGCAACCUGCGGCUGGUGGGCGACGUGCCCUCGGUGCUCACCACAGACACCACCAGCACCACGCCGCUGGCCGACAUGUCCACCACCAUCAUGGAGACAACCACCACGAUGGCUACCACCACCACCCGCAAGCAGCGCUCCCCCACCAUGAGAGACAGUGUCACACAGAACACGGAUGACAUAUUGGUAGCGUCUGCUGAGUGUCCCAGCGAUGACGAGGACUUGGAGGAGUGUGAGCCUGGAAAUGCUAACCCCACAUCCCCGGAGAGAGGAGGGCCUCCCGGCGCGGUAGAGGUGAUCAGGGAGUCCACCAGCACCACGGGCAUGGUGGUGGGCAUCGUGGCGGCCGCCGCCCUCUGCAUCCUCAUCCUGCUCUACGCCAUGUACAAGUACCGUAACCGGGACGAGGGCUCCUACCAGGUGGACCAGAGCCGUAACUACAUCAGUAACUCAGCCACGCAGAGCAACGGCACGCUGGUGAAGGAGAAGCAGCCAGGCACAGCCAAGACAACCAUCAAGAACAAGAAGAACAAAGACAAGGAGUACUAUGUCUGAGACCGGCCUAGCCAGAGACAGAGGACGAAAGGAGACGCACAGAGAGAGGGAGGGACGGAGAGGAGGAGAGAGGGAAGAGUUGAAGGUAUAGGUAGGAGAGAGGCACUAGAUGAACUGACAACUGUAGAGUAAUGAGUCAAAUCUUUGUUGGCAGAGUUUUAUUUAGUUUAGUAUAGAGGUAACCUUACUGACAAAAUUACCUCCUAGCUUUCCUUCUCAACCCAUUCUAAAGCAGAGAGAUAGAAGAUGAGAUUGGCAAAGAAACAUAUUUCAUUAGAUCUACACAUACUCAUUUUUUAACCACAGUUAUUACAAAAAACGUGUGGUAUUUUUCUCCAUUACAGUAAUAUUCUUUUCUCACAUGGCCAUAUAACCUUUUUUUUAAACACAGAGAGACAAAGUCCUGGCUACAACAAAUGGCUGCCAAACCUCGCUCAAUGCAACAUCAUUUUGUGCCAAUCGCCAGACCCAGAGCUCAUGCUACAAUGGAGCCAGCUAAUCCAGCAGCGUUUGAAAGGGUAUUGUAUUGUAUAUAGCCUACAAUCAGAGUUAAGCAUGGGGCUACAGAGAGACACAGAGAAGGAAGACCCACCAUCAGUGUUAGAGCAGAAGCCUAUUGUUUGCUAUCAGAUGCUAUGUAGCGGGUCUAAACAGUCAACAAGCUAACGGAUUCAAUCGUAAAUAUCUAAAUAGAUGGGUUUGUAUUGGAAGUUGAAACCCCACUGCUAGCCAAGUAUGAUAACACAAAAUGACUGCCAAUAUACAGAAACUAGGUGUCAAGUCUGCCUUCUUCCCUCCUCCAAGUAUUGAAACAUCACCUCGCUCCUCUCGUAAAGUCUCUCUCGUUCUCUCCCCCUCCCCUUCUCUUUCACUCGUGCGCUCUCUUUCUCUCAAUGUCUGUGGUUCCCGAGGAGCUGAUGAGACAUUAUUCUGCUGUGUUUCAAGCAUGUAGUAUUCAUUUACAAAAAAGAGAUGACUAUUUCUGUGGAGAAAAAAAAAUGAUGAUGCUGAUUGAUAACGUUUAACUAGCGUGUGAGAACAACAAAAGCUCCAACCAACCAACGGAUGCUACUUAUUACGUUUUAGCUGCAAAACCAACUUCUGAGGCCAAAACCCUGGGUCGUCUUUCAGUUUUCCAACAGAUAGGCUAUCCGUCAUGUGUUUUCUUCUGGGCUCCACGCAGCAUUUCCCCCUACUGAGCCCACUAAUGCGGAGGAACCAGCUCACGUCGUUACUAUCAAACACAGACCAGAAACCAACCUCCAGCAGACAAACUGACUUUGUUCUAAAUAAAUAUAUAUAUAUGUAUAGAAGUUUCAGAGAAAAAAAAACUAUGGACCUAACUGAGAGCAUAAGAGGAGAAAUUCACCCGAAUGCGUGUGUAUCAGUGGACUGGGUGAUAAAUAACAAAUUUGAUGGACUAUUGAUACUUUGACGUGAGACCGAUUUCCCCCCCCCCGUCCCCCCCGUCCCCCCACACACCCACCAAUCAUACAUACUAUGACCAACUUUCAACGACAGUGGGAAACGCAGGUUUCUUUCCCUCAAAAAAUGCGAGACAUUUGAUGGAAAUUGUGAAUUAAUUUGCUGGAGUCCCACUUUCGCCCCCUAGUGUUGGGGGGAAAGCGUACGUUACCUUGGAUCUGCGUUCUUGCCUCUCAUUGGUCAAGACUGAUAACAGCCAAUGAGGGCAAGUCUAGUGAAAAACAUUCAAUGAAAAAAAGAAUUACAGAACAAGGCAAACAGCAGUUCCCUUGCAGAUGGACAAGAACUCUAGUAUUCCAAUUUUCUCAACUAUUAAAAAAGAAAACUGUACCAUGAAAAGAAAAGAAAAACCUCCAAAAAAAGUUUGUGCAAUGUCUAAAUAUUUGAAUCUCUCAUCCCAUUACUAAGAAAAUAUGUGUUUUCCCUUCCUGUUUAGAGAAAAAAGUAUGACAAAGAUAAUUGAUUCUGGGAAAUUGGAAAUUGAUAUAUAAUUGGUAAUUGAGCAAAUGUGAUUUGGGUUACAAACAUAAAACCAUGUUUUCUCCUUGUCAGUACGGAGAAAAGAUACUUUCCUCUCCAUCCCUCCUGCUGCCACCUCACUCCGUUCUUUUCCUAAAUCAAUCCCCCCAUCCUUCAUCCCCCUUUACUCACAAUGGCAGAGUGUAUGUAACCAUUCAUUAACUGAAGACCGAACAGGGUCUUAUCUAUUUUCUAUUGUUUUAUAUCUAUCUCUGUAACUGCUAGAGUCAAAACGGCUGCCAAGUCUGGAGACUGGCUCCAUCCCAUCCUUCUUCCUCAUCCAGUUUGUCCGGUUUAUGUUCCUCUCCAUCCUCCUCCUCCCAGUAUCUACCUGUUCUUUCUAAAUGUUAUUGUAAAGUGUUCCAGUGAGAUGACUCUAAAUAUGUGUACAUUAACAGAGGGGAAUACACUUGGUUAUAUACUUCUUA